UAGCACAUAUAUGAAACAUCCUAUGGUCUCAGAGCCAGGGAUGGCUUACACGCAGUUUCUGUCGCAUCGGCCCAGCGAUUUCUCGGUGAAUUCCAUACUCACACAGCCGCAGUUCUUCCCCGGUAUACUGCCAGCCCAUGCACUACCGAAUGGAGCCGGUAUAGCCACGCUGCCUAUGUUCCCGAAAUUGACCGACCCACACUGCCACUAUGCCCCCGACCUCUUGUCCGUUCACCAACCGGGAAUACGACCAGUUCGGACACUGGAUAAUCAAUCGGACGAAGACGAAAAUAUUGUCGUAAACCUCGAAACCAAAGAUCUAUGGGAAGAAUUUCACAAACGUGGAACCGAAAUGGUGAUCACCAAAUCUGGAAGGCGGAUGUUCCCGUCUUACAAAGUACGUGUCUCCGGACUGGACAAGAAAGCCAAGUACAUCUUGUUGAUGGAUAUAGUAGCCGCCGACGAUUGUCGGUACAAAUUUCACAACUCUCGCUGGAUGGUAGCUGGAAAGGCGGAUCCGGAAAUGCCGAAAAGGAUGUAUAUUCACCCAGACUCGCCGUGUACUGGAGAACAGUGGAUGCAGAAAGUCGUGUCGUUUCACAAGCUAAAAUUGACCAAUAACAUAUCUGAUAAGCACGGCUUUGUGAGUAUUCAUACAAUACUGAAUUCGAUGCAUAAAUAUCAACCCCGGUUUCACAUCGUUAAAGCGAACGAUAUCUUGAAGCUACCAUGGAGCCAGUUUCGAACAUAUGUGUUCAAAGAAACAGAAUUCAUCGCCGUUACAGCGUACCAAAACGAAAAGGUAACACAGCUCAAGAUUGACCAUAAUCCAUUCGCAAAGGGCUUCAGAGAAAAUGGAGCAGGGAAACGAGAAAAAACUAGGAAAAUGCAGCAAACCAGUCUAGAAGCCUCCGAGCACCGAACGCAAAUAGAAUCGACCAUGAACAGCUGCAACGAAGCUAGCAAACACACCGAUCAAGCUGAAGUUUCAACUUCGUCAAUAAAACAGUACAGUGAGCCCAGGGUUGGACAUGUUAGGGAGCCACCUGUGGUCCUUUCGCCCCUAAAGUCUGUAUCCGCCGAAGCCAACUCCACGACUCGAAUUGAGGAAGAAAUCGAUGUGGACGUAGAAAGCAACGAUCGCGAUGACGAGGAGGAAACCGCCGCCAAUGAACUUAAGUUAAGAAUUGCUGCGUUAGAGGAAGCAAAGGAUGCGAUGGGCGAGAAAGAUGGUGAUGAGAACUCUUCCGCCGACGAAGAGGACAAUGAUAUAUUUGAUAAGUCUUUGAAUAAUUCUUCAACAAUCGAACGCCAGUGCAAUGAGGAUGAUUACAUGCAAUUACACCACCAACAAGAGGAUAAUAAAGUUCGUAAAACGAACUCUAAAAAUGAACAAACAAAUUACUCCGAUUCGGAGGAAGAUGAGGAAUCCACGAAAUACGAGUCAAGGAACACUAAAUUGGUGACCAGCCUUUCAAAGUCAAGUUCGUCGUCAUCGCCAUCGCCGUCUUCUUCGUCGGGAAUCACUGUGCAACAUCCAACGCCACUAGCGUUUCAACCAGCUGGACCAAUCUCGCCAAGUCACCAUAGUCAGUUACACCAUUUAGCGCAACAACCGUUUUUAUUCUACCCAGGACAAGUGAUGCCAGGUUUGCCUAACGCCGUCCAGAGCUUGCCAGCUGCCAUGCUCCCAGUUGCGUCGGCGACCACUGCUCAUGCGCAGCUGUUACAGUCACCCUCCGGACACACCUGUUUUGUCCCACACCAUUUCUCAUUGAACGCUCAGGGAAUCCCAUACAGUUUGAAUGGACAGGUCUUUGCAGGGUCGCAGGGGUAUGCAGUAAUCAGCAAUCCGGCUCUGAACAAUGCUGCUGCAGCUGCUGCUGCAGCGUCGAAUUAUUACCGCGGUGCAAUCCUAAGCUCACAACAAAAUAGAGCUCGUCUCCGAUUUUCUCCAUACCCACUCCCGUUAACAUCAACGACAAUGGUCACUACUGGUACACCGUUAAGCGCGUCGGGACAUAGCUCCAUAGAUAGUCUACAAUCGUCGGCAGCAGGCCUGGUAACCAUAGCCAAUACCAGUGCCGGUGCCUCACUGCCACAGGUCUCACCAGUCAGAGAUAACACCCCUGUGACGACAUCCGCUCACAAUGAACUUCAGAGCAUUCAAAAACUAGUCAGCGGACUAGAACAACAGCAAGAGAAAAUGGCCGCCGGGUCACUGACAAAGCUAAGUGAUAAAUAAACAUAUAGAUCAUUGUGUGAGCGCCAGUCUAGUCAGAAAUAGCAUUUACCUGUGCAUAGAAAAAACCUUAUUCAACAUACGAGUUAGCAUUCAAGUGGCCAGCGAACAAAACACUGGCAAAUGCUGGACGUUAUUAA